CUCGAACCAUUCGUGCCUGAAACGGUUCCUGGUUUGAGUGCUUACCAUCUUGAAACCCGAGACCUCCUACACACGUGAUCGCGCUCUCCCUAUAUGACUUCUGCUAUUCCCAUCGCCACAACAACAACAAGACUUCCUGCGCAAUGUCGCUCCUCAACCAGGCCUCUGAUAUCACCUACAAUCCGCGAAACACGAAAUGGAUAGCGCCCCUACUGUUAGUCGCAGAUGCCGGGCUCUGCAGCGUCAUCAUUGAGAAAGUUGCUUACACUGAAAUCGACUGGAGGGCAUACAUGCAGCAGAUUGAGAUCUAUCUCAAAGGCGAAAGAGACUACAAAAAGAUUGUUGGCGGCACAGGCCCGCUCGUGUAUCCCGGCGCGCAUGUCUGGAUCUACAAACAACUGUACCACCUCACGGAUCAAGGCGGAGACAUUCAGAGAGCGCAGUAUAUUUUCGCGCUGGUCUAUCUCGCGACGCUGGCGAUUGUUUUCCAAUGCUAUCGGAAAGCUAAGGUUCCGCCUUACGUCUUCCCGCUGCUCAUCCUUUCAAAGCGAUUGCACAGUAUUUUCAUGCUCCGAUGCUUUAAUGACUGUUUUGCGGUGUUGGGCCUGUGGGCUGCGAUCUACUGCUACCAACGUAAUCAGUGGCAUUUGGGAAGUUUCUUCUACACCACGGGGUUGAAUGUUAAGAUGAGCUUGCUGUUACCGCUGCCGGCUAUGGGGCUCUUAAUGUUCCAGGCACUGGGGAGUAGGGAGACGAUUACGCAGGUGAUGAUCAUAUUCCAGGUCUCAAUUCUGUUUGGAUAUCCGUUCAGGAAGCAGAGCUUCAGCUAUUUUGGACGCGCAUUCGAGUUCACUAGAGCUUUCUUCUACAAGUGGACUGUUAAUUGGCGCUUUGUAUCUGAAGAGACAUUCUUGUCCAAACCCUUCGCGCUUGGCCUUUUGGCUGCGCAUGCUGGCCUGCUACUGUUCUUCGCCUACACGCGCUGGAUCAAGCCUUCCAAGCGCACGCCUCGCCAGUUCCUCAAGCUACUGAUGCCCGCCCAGGAACCCAGGGACCAGGACCUUAUGUCCAAGAGGAUUACACCGGAUUUCAUCAUGACCGUCAUUCUCACUGCAACCGCUGUCGGCAUGCUCUGCGCCAGAUCGCUCCACUACCAGUUCUACGCAUACAUUGCAUGGACCACGCCCUUCCUCGCGUGGAAAGCAGGUUUCCACCCCAUUGCUCAGUAUGCACUUUGGGCGGCACAAGAAUGGGCGUGGAACGUGUACCCAAGCACACCCCUCAGCUCGGCUACCGUUGUAGGGACAUUGGCCGUUACGAUUGUCGGCGUCUGGUGGGGAACGCGCAACGAGUUUGUAGGCGCGACGAAGGGAAUUAUCGAAGAAGACCAUGAGCACAAAGAGUAGACUCACUCCUCGUCCGAAUCAGAAGGCGGCAUCUUGCCCACGGUCGACUCUUCCUCGUCGCUGUCCUCGUAGGCGGGCUUCUUGACGAACUCCUUG